UCCCCCUUUUACAGGAAGUGACGCAAUGAAAACAGUAACGUGCGGCGCUUUAUGAAAGAAAUCCGAGGCGAGGUCUCAUUAUGUCUUAUUUAAAAUAAUAAAUCAGCAAUCGUUGUUUUUCACAAUAAGUAGAGCUAACUGUGGAUUUCUGGACAGCAGUCACCUGAGGGGAGUUCAUUUAGAUUAGUGAUGGCAGCCUCCUUACCUCAGAAGCCGGGGAUGGCCGGGAUGCCCCCGCAGCAGCAGCCACAUCUGCCCCCCGGUGCUGCUCCAGCCGCCGGUCAGCAGCCCAUGCCCCCUCAGGGAGCCCUGAGGGAGAUCUCCCCGGUGUUCCUCUGCCGGAUCGGACAGGAGACCGUCCAGGACAUCGUCACUCGCACCAUGGAGAUCUUCCAGAUUGCCCGAGCCACGCAGGUACUGGACAGCAGACU